AAAAUUAUACACAAACUGAAACAGGUUUGUAUAAAGGACCAUGCCAAAAUACCUCCUAAUUGCGGCGGAGGAAUGAUCAGCAGCUACAGAAAAGCAUUUGGUUGAGGUACCAAUAGUAGCUAAUAUGAGUUCGCAUACUUCUACACUCAAUAGGCUUGAUUGUUUUAAAACACUUCUUCGGUACACAUAUAGGGCGCUGAAAACAUGGCUGUGCUAGCUGUUAAAUAAGGCCGUCUUCAUUUAUCAAAGUCUCGAUAAAGAUCCUAUCAUAUUUUCCAUGCAGAAAUCUAGAUGUGUCAGUCGAAUUGUUUAAACACGGUUAAUAUAAUAUGCAUGGGUGGAGGGUUAAAAAUUUGCUGAGGGUUCACUAGGGAAUAUAAAGAGGAGGUUUGUCUCUGUUUAAGCCUUUGUGAGAACUCAAGUCAAUCCUCAGGGGGGCAGUUUUGUCCUGCAUAUUAGAUGUAAUGGCAGAUUUGUGAAUACUCCACAGAUGGUAUCAUUUUGGGAAAGAGGCCCUUGAAGAGAGAGAGAGAGAGAGAGAGAGAGAGAGAAAGAGAGCGAAAGAGAGAAAUGGGUUCUCUCAGGACACGUGAAAUUGAACAAAUUUUCAAAUUCAGGGAUAGCUAAGGAUCAUUUUGUAAAAAGGCCGUACCUAACGAAAUCAAGCAUUUAUUUAAGUAACAGUACUAUUUAUUAACAAUGACAGUACUUUUUUUUUAUUUAGGUAGAAGGUCUUUACACUCUAGGAUGCUUCAGAAACAUGCACUACGCCAUCGAACUAACUACCCAUGCCAAAAUUCAUUAUUUGUCUCACAAAUUUCACUAUUUGUAUGUUUAAAGACUCAAGUGGUCCACUAGUGUGGCUGAUCCUUGCACUGUUGCAGUAAACACAACCAAUGUAAAAACGGCGUUUCUCCCACAGGCAUGGAGACUGACGCAGAGGAACCAGGUUGGCAUGGAUCUGACUGCACAAUUCAUGCAUGGAACUCCUCUUCAGCUCCCUCGCUUGAAAACAGUGGAUUGAACGGUUCGUACGGUGGCGGAUCGUAUUUCUGGCUGCUCCAGAACAGCUCGGCAGGGACCACUAAUGCUCCGCUUGCAGCCAGGGUGCGGGACAUGGCGCUGGCGCAGGCGGAGAUUGGCGUCCUGAGCCUGGUCUUGGCGCUCACCACGCUGAGCAACAGCUUUGUGUUGUGGGUUCUGCUGCGGAGGCGCAAGCACAACGCUCCCAUGCACCUUUUCAUGGUUAACCUCUGUGUGGCUGACUUGGUGGUUGCCUUUUUUCAGGUUCUCCCUCAGCUGGUGUGGGAUAUUACAGAGAGGUUCCAGGGGCCGGACGUGCUGUGCCGCUCAGUGAAAUACAUGCAGAUCGUGGGCAUGUUUGCAUCCUCCUACAUGAUAGUGGCUAUGACAGUGGACCGCCAUUACGCCAUAUGCUGCCCCCUUCAGGCCUACAGACUAGGGGCAAUCUCACGCUGGAACACACCCAUCAUGGUGGCCUGGGGUCUGUCUCUUGUGCUUAGUGUACCGCAGCUGUUCAUUUUCUCCAGGUCUGAAGUAGCUCCAGGAGAGUUUGAGUGUUGGGGACACUUCGCUGAGCCUUGGGGUCUGAAAGCCUACGUGACAUGGAUGACUCUGGCUGUCUUCAUCCUUCCUACCUUGAUCAUCACAGUGUGCCAGGUGCGAAUUUUCAGGGAGAUCCAUGACAACAUCUACCUGAAGUCGAAGCGGGUGGUGUCAGCUGACUCGAAGAAAAAUGUAGUCAUCUUCCGCAUGCCCAGCCUGCGAAGUCAGAACGACAAAACAAGAGCAAUGGAGAGAGGAAGAGGAUCCAUGUUGAGAGAUUCUCGAAGAGGAUUCCAUCGAAGGAACAAGAGUGACUCAUCCCAGUCAUACUGCAAUGCCCGCAACUCCCAGCAUGCACUGGAGACAGACUGCUGUGACUGUCCCUUUCAGGACAGCCAAAGGGGAAAUGAACUACAAUACAGCACUCAGUCCCCUGAUGUACUGCCUCACACACUCUCCAACGCACACGUUCCCAUAAAUCAGGGCAACUCAGAGGCUCGUAUGGGCUCUGGUCCUCUUCCUGAAGGUGCUGCUGAUUAUUAUCGGACUUCCCUGGAUAACUCCGAGCCCUACGCUCAGUCAUUCGAGGCCCCUAUGGAGAUUUGCAAGCCAGUCCCGCGUGUCCGGGUUUCGCAGUCCAUUUCGCGCCCCAUGACUCCUCCACCUCCAGGUGUAUCUAGAGCGAUGUCCAAAACACUGAGGAUGACUCUAGUCAUAGUGCUGGUUUAUACCAUGUGCUGGUUACCCUACUUCACAGUGCAGCUCUGGGCUGCUUGGGACCCAAAUCCACCUGAAAACGGGGUGGCCUUUACUAUCCUGAUGCUGCUGGCCAGCUUGAACUCCUGCACGAAUCCCUGGAUCUACACAGCCUUCUCCAGCAGUGUCUCUCGUGAGCUUGUCUCCCUUUUGCAUUGCCGGCCUCGAAUCACCCGCAGGGGCUCCCUACCUGAAGACUCCAGUGCCAUACACACUACCAGCACCAGCAAGGACUACCCAUUCUGAGCCACUCACACAUGUGUGUUACACGUGCGAGCAGACUAUCAGAUGUAUUACAGCCAAGCAGCAGAAAAAAGCAGAUGAGAUAUGGGGUCUCAACAAGAGAUUUGCUGUUGGGAGAUAUUGCACUGGGGGCACGGUGGCUUGGUGGUUAGUACAUUUACCUCGCACCUCUGGGAUUGGGGGUUCGGUUUCCUCCCACAGUCCGAAGACAUGUGUUGUAGGCUGCCUGCCAUUUCCAAAUUGUCUGUAGUGUUUGAAUGUGUGCAGUUGUGCCCCGCGAUGGGUCCGUCCAGGGUGUCCCCUGUGUCCCCUGGGAUAGGCUCCAGGCUCCCACACAACCCUGCAUAGGAUAAGCGUUAUGGAAAAUGGAUGGAUGGAUAUUGCCCUUAGCGUAGCUGAAGCUACCUGAGUGAUUGGAACGAGCACAUUGUGGACUCCACCACACUGGCCAAGUGGGACAUGAAGAACAUGUAAACAUAUAAAUGUUAUAUAAUGUCCAUGAAAACAUGAUGAUACUUGAGAUGUUUCAGUCUAAACUCAUGAAGAGGAUAUACUUACUCCUCUAACACUAAACGAAAUGACAUUUCAAAGAACUAGAAACAUGUACUGUAUAUACGAGACGUUUUAUCAAAUCGAAGAACCCUUGAGCCAAGUGCAUGUGAAGUCUGCUUAAGAAUUCUUGACGGAAAAGGAGGAAGCCUGCGCCCCAGACGUUCCCUCGCAUCAUUUAUCAUUCCGUUGUUAUUCCUUAUCAGUCUUUCUGCUACGAAAUCUCGCUUUUGAGCUUGAUGGAAAGCAUCAGUGAGAAGAAUGAGUCAUGCAUGGAAACUCCAUCAAAAAGACAACUUCAAAACUGUGAGAAAGUGGUGGCAAUGAAUGAUGCACAAAUGUGAAAAACAGGAAAUGAAUGGACACAGGGGAAUAUAUAAUAUAAUAAUAUGAAGGGGGGGGGGGGCAACAUAACACACAAGUUACAAGUACACAUACUUAAGUCAUCAGGGAUUUUUUUAUUUUUGAAAAAGCAUACAGGACACGAAGUCAUCAGGGAUAAUGAGGCUUUAAUCACAGUUCGUUUUACAAAUAUGGUAGCAGUGUUGUGCUAAUUUAGCAAACGUAGUAUUACACGGGACCUAUAGCUUGACUGUUUCGGUGACAUCUAUAGGAGCAAAUGUAGAAUGCUCCUUUCAUAUACACACAUUGAUUCUCUGUUUAUGAUAUUAAGGACCAAUCAACCUUUCUCGACUUCAUCUAAAUGAAGCUAGGUUUCAAACAAGUAAAGAAAUAACAAUGUCAGAACAACAGAAGUGCCUUAAAUGUCACUGCAGCCAAAAUGCGCAAUCACCUCUUUCAGAGAUUCCUCCUUCCCUGGCGAUCAUGUUCUCCAGUUUAAUCUGUAAUAGCACAAAUCUCAUAAUCGAAGCCCAGCAACUGCAUGUUAGACAUUAAAAACUUCCCCCAUUUACCAGGUGUGUGAAUGGAUUUCCAGAGCAUUCUAGAGAUGUUUUUGAAAAUUGAUAUUGUAAUUUAUUAAAGUGCAAUAAAUGUAUGUAAACAGGUCAUGUUGUUAUAUAAUGUUACAUCAUUUGUGGAUGGGAAAUGGUGACAUACCAUAAUAAUAAAAACUUUCUGGGGGAAAAAUAACGACCAAAUCGUUUUUUAUCUGAAUGGGGAAAAUCAUACAUGUGCAAGACAGGUUCUUGUUCCUCUAAAGUCUGCUCAGAUCUGAUAUAAAGUAUGCACACUGACCAGUUUA